CCCCGAGGACUGCUGUUGCGCAUGCGUACACAAUGUCACAAGAUGGCGGAGAGUACGGAACUGAAGCAAAUGGUAAUGAGCCUUCGAGUUUCAGAGCUGCAAGUCUUGUUGGGUUUUGCUGGACGAAAUAAGCACGGGCGCAAACACGAACUUUUGACCAAAGCGCUGCACUUAGUAAAGGCUGGCUGCAGCCCUGCCAUGCAGAUGAAGAUUAAAGAGCUCUACAGACGGAGAUUCCCAACAAAAAUGGUUUCGCCGGUGGACCUCGCUCUGCCCGGCGUCCAUUCCGCCUCCGGCCUUCCUGCGGGCCUCUUUGACAGCCAUGGUUCCCCCUCGCCGCUGUUGCCUGUUUCAUUGCUCGGCCCCAAGCAUGAGCUCAGUCUGCCUCACUUGCCCUCCACCCUCCACCCCGUUCACCCCGAUGUCAAACUGCAGAGAUUGCCAUUCUACGAUGUGCUCGACGAGCUCAUUAAGCCCACCAGUCUGACCUCCGACAACAGUCAGCGUUUCCAGGAAGCUUGUUAUGCCUUCGCUUUAUCGCCGCUACAAGUUCAACAGAUCAGCAGCUCCAUGGACAUAUCGGGGACCAAAUGUGACUUUGCUGUUCAAGUCCAAUUAAGGUUUUGUCUGUCAGAGACGAGUUGUCCCCAGGAAGAUCAUUUCCCUCCAAAUCUGUGCGUGAAGGUGAAUGGAAAGCCGUGCAAUCUCCCCGGGUAUCUCCCCCCCACCAAAAAUGGAGUUGAACCAAAAAGACCCAGUCGCCCCAUAAACAUAACCUCCCUUGUGCGACUGUCCACGACAGUCCCCAACACAAUUGUUGUAUCGUGGACUUCGGAAAUUGGGAGGAGUUUUUCCAUGGCUGUUUAUUUGGUAAUGCAGCAGUCGUCCGCAGUGUUGUUGCAACGACUACGAGCCAGAGGAAUCAGAAACCCUGACCACUCGAGAGCUUUGAUCAAAGAGAAAUUGACAGCUGACCCGGAGAGCGAGAUCGCCACCACUAGUCUACGAGUGUCUCUUCUGUGUCCUCUUGGAAAGAUGAGGCUGACAAUCGCAUGCCGAGCGUUGACAUGCUCCCACCUCCAGUGCUUUGACGCUACGCUUUAUAUCCAAAUGAAUGAGAAGAAGCCCACAUGGGUGUGUCCAGUGUGUGACAAGAAGGCGCCAUACGAGCACCUUAUUAUUGAUGGAUUGUUUAUGGAAAUCCUGAACAGCUGUUCUGACUGUGAUGAAAUUCAGUUCAAAGAAGAUGGAAGUUGGGCGCCCAUGAGGUCAAAAAAACAAGUGCAGGAGGUGUCUGGCCCCUUCUAUGGAGUAGACAACGACGUGCCUAAAACCGAAAGCCAUGAGCAGAAAUGCGGGUCGGCCAAUGAGAAGAGUAAAAAAGUCGAUGUGAUAGACCUGACACUGGACAGCUCGUCGGAAGAUGAGCUGGAUGAUGAGCCGCCUCCGAAAAGGCCUUCGCUGUCGCCCAUCUCUCCGCCGCCAACAAAGGGAGUGCUGAACCUUCACAACCAGACGUCACCGGUGACGAGAGCUCCCAGCAUGCCCCCCUUAGAGACCAGCUACAUUCCUCCUCCGCCACCACUCAUUCAGGACUACCGCCACUUCUAUCACUCAGCUAGUGACUUGCCAGAUCUAAAUUUUUUCUCCUUCCUCCAAGGCGACAAUCAGCAUUACAACAUGGUGAUGGCUGCCGCUGCGGCCGCAUCAGCCUCGGCGUCAGAGGACUCGGACCUGCUACUCAACCGCUACCUGCCGUAUGGCUCGACCCCCUUGUUGCGGGAUCCGCCGGGCACGCCGGGCAGCAGUACGCUGGCAGCCACUAACGGAGGCAGCAACAGCGGCAGCACCAGCAGUUUGGUGUCUUCCAGCAGUCUGCGGGACAAAGACCGAGAACGCGACAGGGACAGCCACGCCAUCUCGGGAUUGUCGAGGUCCUCGGUGGAGGCGGCGGCGGCUAUUUAUGGCUCAAUAUCUGACGUCAUCUCUCUGGAUUAGAUCCUCACAAAACUGAUGCACAAGGGAGACAUUGAAACAAGAUCUUUGUAAAUACGGAGAGUUGAAAGUAUACAGUACUAUGUACAGAGAGGAAAAAUCUAUUUUCAAUUUACUUAUCAUGUAUAUAAACUUAGGACACUUCCUGUCCAGUUGGUCGCUUCAGUUCAAUAUUUUCUGUGAAUACUGAAGACUUUUUCACACCUCUUCAUGUGGUCCUUUGAUUAUAUUGUACCUUUUGUACUUGGUUUUUACAGUUUUGUUUUCAAUAUUCCAUGUCAAUGGCAUUAGUUUAUUAGAUUAUGUGCACAGAACCCUCAUGAGGUGAGACCUUAUGGAACAUGACAUUUAGCAUCAAAAGAAAAUGGGCAUUGUCGCCGGUGUUCACAAAGACAAGUUGCAGCAAAUGAGGAAAAAAGGGUAACUUUUUUUUCUAAAAAUUGCACAGUUUCUGUUAUAAAAAAAUGCAGAAAGUCUUUUGCCAUCACUGUAGACAUUCAUGCUAUGGUCAUGUUAUUUUAAGGACUUAUUUAUAAUAUAAGUUAUGUUUGAAUACUGUUAUGUUUUUUAAAAAGCAUUCCCCUUUUCUCAAACUGUUGCCACUAGAAAUACAAAACAGGUCCUUCUAUGUUGUUACUUUGCUCUUGCUUGUCAUUUUGAGUGAGAUCAAACUGAUUUUUAUCCAUCAUGAAUUGAAGCUAAGAAUAUAUAAUCAGUAUUGUAGGGAAAUUCUUCCUCAGUGUGUGUGUGUGUGUGUGAAUGAAUGGUUUUGACCAGUAAGCGGGUAGAAAACAGAAAUGUACAUGUUUUCUUCCGCCUUGCUGCUCUGCAUUCAUUUUGCAUUCGAUCAGUGUCAGCAAAGUGAAAAAGACUUACUCUCCGCUCAGAUUCAUAUUUAAUUCAACAAAUAGAUGUGAUGCGUGCUUAUUUGUUUGUUUUUGAGCACUUGCUUUCUCCUUUUAGGCUACACAGAAGUGAAGCAUUAACCAGUAGCAACCACUCUGAGAGCAGUUUGUGUCUGUGAAAAUGAAAAUUCUCUCAACGCUCACCUGUUAAAUGGCUUUUCGUUCGCUUUGAGAAGCCAUACGUUAUUUUGUGAUUUCUUUUGUCAACUUACAAGAUAUUUUGGGACAUCAUCUCCACACCCCGUUGUAGCCCAACUAUUGCAAGUCAACAUGAACAGAUUUCUUUCCCCUCAACUUAUGCUUACAAUUACUAUUAUUUAUUAUAUAUUUUCAGCAUUUGUUUGAUUGGUGGCUAUGCAUUUCUGUCAUUGUAUGUAAUAUUUUUUUUGUAAUGAUAUAAUUAAUGCUAUUUAAAAACUGUCAUUGUUGCUUGACAUGCAUUGUAACAUUUUCAGUUUCUGUCCGUUUUACCUAUCAGAUGAUGUCAAUAACUCUCAAUAGAGGCUUUGAGCAUUUUGAACCGCUAAGAGGUCUACUGUGCUGUUUGAUAUUUAUAAGAAUUAAACAGGAAAAUGUG